AAUAACAUUUUGAAGAAAGCAGUUACUGUAGCGGCAUCUAGUAAUAUUUAAGGGAAUAUUAUGCCUUAGUUGACUUGCCCUGUGGCAUAGAUGGCACCACUUUCCAUACAUUUUGUUUUCUUGUCCUCAAAGUACUGUACUGUCACCCCCAUGCUGACACUCGCGCAGUAUUCAGCAGAAAUCAGUAAACAGUUUUCACUCUGUGGUUUUCUUUUUACCGAGGUCGUUCGUGGACCUUACGUCUAUAAUAAAAUUUUAAUCAUUAAAUAUUGGUUCAAAAUAUAGCAGGAAAUAUUUGGUAAAUAGACAGUACCAACAGUGACUUUGUGAUCUAUUCUAGUGACAUUAUUGUUGAGCCAUGAAAUUACUGUCAAGUUUGAGUGAAAUACCAGAACUCCAGAGUGACAAUGUUCACAUCCGGGAUAAAGAAGAAUUCUUACAAAAAAUUAACAAAAUGAUCAAAGAUGGACAUAACAAACUACAGAUUGUAACAGAUUUUGACCAUACUCUGACGAGGCACCACCUGGACAAUGGAAAUAUUGUGCUCACCAGCUUUGGUAUGUUCCGUGAGUGUCCAUCAAUACCACAGCACUACAAAGAUGAAGACAACCGGCUGUCAGGCAUCUACAAGCCAAUAGAGUGCGACCCUGUGAUGAGUAUAGAGGAGAAGACACAGCACAUGAUCGACUGGUAUGUGGCCGCACAUGCUAUGCUCAAAGGUGUGAAAUUCCCCAGAAAUGAGUUGAUGGACUCAGCCCAUAGAAUGGUAGAGUGUUUUAGGAAAGGAGUACCAGACAUGAUAGAAUGGAGUAAGGUCCAUGAGGUGCCAGUACUGGUGUUCUCUGCAGGUCUUGGAGAGUCAGUGUUGGCUGCCUUGAAAGCUGCCAACUUCUUACUACCAAAUGUCAAGGUAGUGUCCAACUUCUUGGCGUUGGAUGAAAACGACUACAUAGUUGGCAUCGAAGGCGAGGUGAUCCACACGUACAACAAGAAUGAGACAGCCAUCAAGCACACGGAGUACUACGAGAUGGUGAAGCAGCGCGGCAACGUGCUGCUGAUGGGCGACAACAUCGGCGACGCCGGCAUGGCCGAGGGCAUGGAGCGGCGCGACGUCGUGCUCAAGGUGGGCUUCCUCAACCAGAACGCCGAGGGCAACCUGCGCAACUACCUCAACAAGUUCGACAUCGUUCUCGUCCACGAACCCUCGGUACACGCCGUCAACGCUAUACUCAAAUUAAUACUGUGAUUUUUACACGUUUUAAUGUAAUAGGCGACUUGUUUUAAUAGCGCAAUAGUUCCAGCGGCCGUCCAGCCAGACCCGCUGCUUCAAAUUAGAAUGUGCACUUUGUGAUGUAAGCGUCUACUUCUUGUCUUAUCGUAACUGUCAUUGAGUGCCUUGUUUUAUAAUGAUUUUAAUUCAAAUUUAAGUAUUCGUUACACGAACACAAAAAAAAACAUUUUUAAGUGUUUAUCUUUCUCGGAAAGUAUAUAUUUUCACUACCUACUGUAACUAGGUACAUAUAUUUACAAUGGAACUCUUCAAUUUUACGAGCAUUUUUGUAAAUUUUAAACACAAGUCUCUUUUUCUGAAUGAAUGUUUAUCUCUCGCAGCUGUUGUCAUGUCGACUGUUUGAGGUCAGUAAAUGCGGCGAGUUAUCGGUCGCGGAAGAAUCGCUCGCUUAUCGUACUUUUAUUCGUAUUGAUAUACUUGUUGAUUAUUUGGGCAAUCUAAUAUGAUAUUUGUUAGUUGAUAUGACGUUAAUACUAAAUGUAAUGGUACUUACUUAUUAUACUUAAUCUCUCACACUUUGGGGUCUGGCUGUAAAGAAAAAAUAUUUUUAGAUAGCCAAAAGCGACGUAUAAAACUGAACUAGUGACUCUGGAUUGUGAACCGUGACUUGUAUUUUGAGCAUCUUUGGUUAAGAGGUCGGAGAUCAUAAUAAUAACUUAGAUAUAUAUGUACUUUAAAUUGGACCUACAUGAGUGAAACUCUUUCUAGGCCGACUUUUGUCUCGCCAAUGAUCUGUUCAAAUCUACUUAGUGGGUUGCUAACAGUAUAUUUUUAUAUACACUGCGAACAUACGUCAUAAUGUUAUUAUUAGUAUUAAUAGGUUUCUAUUUGAAGAUAUUUUAUUUUCAAGUUUUGUUUUUGUUUUAAAUAAUUAUGCAAUACUUUUGUACACUCCACUCAGAUCGGGUUGUUAUUUAUUCAUAAUGCUUACUUUUGUGUUAUUUACGUUUUUUAUCGCGCACUUUAUUGAUCGGUGGAUUUGUAUAGAAUACUUUUGUGUGACGUUUCUGACUUGUGACGUCAUACGUGAAGUGUGUACAAUGUGUAUCCUGAUAGAUAAGGCUGUGUAGUGUACUAGUCAAUCUGUAGUUCUGCCAGGAUAUUACACAUGUUUGUAGUUUGUCGCUUUGUCAUACGCAUUUAUGUAAUUUAGAAUGUGAUCGCUAAUGACGUUCAUAUGGCACUGUCGUGUAAUUGUUAUGUAGCAAAAAAGUUGUAACGAGUCAAUGCAAUUUUAAUUAAAGGUUCAAUGGCAGCCAUGUAGCUUUUUCAGUGUUACAAGAAAAAAAAUGUAAAAGACGAAAUGAUUUCAAAUAUUCUGUGCGAUAACUGUUAUAAUGUAGAGAAAUGUUGUCAAUGGUGAAAUCCCAUUUGGGCUCAAACCCAUAAGACUAAAAGCUAAACAGUACAAAUAUUGAUGUGUCCUCUGCUUAUGCAUCAGGUUAUAUGUUAAGACCCAGCUUUCGUAAUAUCAAUGUCAACUGCACAAAACAUAAAUGUAUGGAAUGUUAAUAAAUUCAAAAGACAUGUACACAAUGGUGAGAAAUAAAACAAAUAUUGUAAUGAAAUUAAAUAA